UUUUUGCUGUUUUCCGUGUUGUGAUGGCUGUAUAUGUUUACCAGAUUUAUUUUGAACAUGUAUCAGUUGUAAUUUUGAAAUAGUGGUUAAUUCAAUUUUGUCUGAUGCAUUGCAUGAUUUGCACAAUUCUGAUAUGAUUUAGAAAUAUAAUGGUAACUGAAGUAUUGGAUUUUACAUACUUUGUAUUUGUAAAUAGCAAGUUUGGAGAUUUCUUGGAGAAUUGAAGGAAUAGUUCAAACGAUUAUACUAUAAAAAUCUGUUGUUGUGGCUGUUUAGUGUACAUCUUGUGUUUUAUUUGGAAGAUAUAAUCUAGUUUGGAGAUGACCUUGGCAAACAUUAUAGUCUUUUCAGUAUAGACUAUACUGCAACUGUGUUCUGUGUGGGAUUUUCUUGAGUGUUCAGAAGAUUGUGAAGUGUGGCUAUUUUUAUUGUGAGAUCUUGACUACUCAGGAGCUUCAUGCAAAUGUAAAAUAAAAUCCAUAUUUCUUAGAAGAUGCAUUGCAGAAUAAUAAUUUCAGGUAGUGCUGAACCAAAGUGGGAGCGCAUGUUUCUGAAAUAUUUUGAAAAUAUUCACACAAAAGAGAGUUGGGAUAAGAAAAAAGAGGUAUGCGUCUCUGGGCUCAUCUAUACUGACGAUAAAAGCUAUAUUCAAAUUGCAGUGACUAGGUAACACUGCAGCAUGGGUUAAUGAUGGUAAAACACAUCAGGCAAAUUCAAUGGAAAGCUUGAAAUAAGCCUCUUAAUAUGCAGCGAGACCAAAAUCAAAACCAUACUGUUCAAUGAAAUUGGCUCCAUAGAAAGUGAAGUGCAUUGUAGACACCCACUGUGCUGAAACGCAUUGUAAAAUUGGAUACACGGAGGUAUGGGAUUGCUUUAAAAUGCCUUAAUGCCAUAGAUGGCCAGCAGAGGGCCAGCUGACCCUUGAAGCAGGCAAUUCAUUACAUCCACUACUAACUGUCACUUUCCCAUCAUGAUUCCAUCCUGUAUGCCUCUGGAGCGCUGGUGCGCAGUUUGCCCAGAAAUGGAAUAAAACCCAAUUGCAGUCUCUGGUGGCUGUCAAGCCAAGGAUGCUGCAGAUUCUGGAACUGGUUUGAGGCCAUUUCCUGUGGUUAAGGUACCGCAAUUACUUUCCUAGUCUUGAACCUGUUGCAGAAAUGACAAUCUAAUAAUGUCCAAGUUAAACAGGUUUCUGCCAAACCAGUUCUAAACUGACCUAAGUGGUCAGUGUAGAAGAGUCAGAAGGUGGCACACCCUGGAUCCUAAUCCAGUGGCACCUAUUUAAUUAUGACAGAUAGAAUGUGGAUGGGAACAAAGACUAGAAAUGAUAUUAAAGCUUCCAGAAUUUCCUAAAAUCUAUUGCCAUGCUGGUUGGUGAAAUUUUGGGAACUCAAAUAAAAUAAUGUAAUUUUUUGAGCUUUGAACAGGGAAUAUUUAUUCAUACGCCUAUUUAACUACUCAUUUCAGUACUUUGUAUUCCUUUCAACAGCAUAUGUAUUAAGAUAAUAAUCUCAGUUCACAUCUCCGUUUGUAUUGUACAGCAAUUAGGUGUGUAUUAUCAGCCAAAAAUAUUCUCAUGAGACACUGACUAGAAAUUGCAUUACAACAGUAGAAUGGGAUGACAGAAAACAUCAUCCCAGCUGGGAUGGUGCUGGGAGAAAAGAAAUGAGAAUAUGAUGAGAACUAAGGUCUUUGCAAGAGAUAUUUUCACCUUAGAAAAUCCCUAUUUAUAGUUGCAAACUUGAAAUGAUAGAAUAUUUGUUCUAGCUCCAGAUCUGGCAUAAAGUCUUUUCAGUAGAUGCUCUUAGAUGGUGUGUUCUUAGAAAAACUCCAAUGAGUUACAAAAACAAAAUAGCUGGUAGAAAAUAGUUGCACGAUAAAAAUGUUAGAAAUUUUACAUUUCCUUUGUGAAUCUUAUAGUAAUAGUUUUUUCCCUUUGAACAGGAAAGUAAAGUGUAUUGAUACAUUUUAGCCACAGCUGGUUCUUGUGUAUAUUUUAGUAUUCCAUCACAAAGAGAAAAAAAUGUUAUCAGUGACAUGUCUAUUAAAGUGUGGAUCUGGUGAAAAAACAUACAGCUUCAUUUAGGAGAUAACGAAAUAAUCAUGGAGGACUACUGCCUAUACCUUUUCCACAGUUGAGAGCAACAUACAGACCUCAGGAUUGGACUGUAAGUUUAUUAGACUGUAGGUUCCAACACUAACAGCAUUAACAUUUCAUAUACACAUGUUUUGUGGCCUGAAGGAGUGUGGCAAUUUCUUACAAUAAUCUGCCACUUUAUGCUUUCAAAACAUAAUUAACUCUCUGCUGUUCCAUCCCUGAUUCAGCAAAGAUCCCUGUGCAAAUAAAUUUUAUACUUUGACCUCUAUUUUCUGCACUGCCUCUUUCACUGUCCUCUUUGUUCCAAAUGCCUUUUCUCAGCAUUAGUCUUCAAGGAUUCUUGUAAAGCCCCUUCCUUCAGCUUGUACACAUGUUCUAUCAAUUAACUGUUCUUUUUACACUGGUGCUUAAAUGGAACUAUCAGUAUUCACCGUUGUUUUGUAUUUUGUCUACAUGCUUCUUAGCUUUUAUUGUGAAACAACCACAAUAACUCUCCGAAGUAUUUUGAUUAGCAAUAGUUAUAUUUAACUGCAAUUAAUUGACAACAAUAGUAAUACAGUAGAGUCUCGCUUAUCUGACAGAAACGGGCUGGCAGAACAUCGGAUAAACAAAAAUGUCAGAUAAUACGGAGUUUCCUACAGCCCCCGCCCCUCCCAGUUCCCUUGUCUUGGGCGCUAACAACAGGGUCUCAAAGGGUUAAAGGCAAGGCAACUCUCCUCAUGGCUAGAGCAGCCCUGAGGCAGCUGGCCCCAGAAGAGGAGGGCAGCAAGGUCUGGGUGUUUCAAUAGGCCUCGGGAAAUGAGUUGUCCAGGUCCAGGUGCUUUGCAAGGCCUCCAGAAAGGGGGCAGCCAGGCCAGAUGUUUUGUGAGGCCUCUGGAAAGGAGGCAGCCAGGCCCUGUGGAGCAGCAGGCUCCAGAAGUAGGCUGCAUGACCGGAGAAAGAAGUAAUACCCCAGGAAAGAUGAGCCACAAGGCCCAGGGGAGGGGAGAGGUAGCAGGCCCAGUAGGGAGGCUGCUGGCCUUAACGUCACCACUGCUGCUGCUGCUGCUGCCUGCUUUUCUCACGUCUGCUCUCCUCCUCUCUGCUCCAUGCUCCACUCAUACCGGAAGGCAUGUUCAGCAUGGAAAUCACAGAGGGAAGGAGGGAGGACACCCUCCCUCCUUUGGAUAAGAGCAUUGGAUAAGAUGGAAUGUUGGAUAAGCGAAGGUUAUCGGAUAGGCGAGACUCUACUGUAGGUUCCAAUAUCCCUGUGGCUGUACUUGAGAAUGUUCUAAAUAUGAAAAAGCCUCAGAUUCAUGCAUGUGAUACUAAACCACAACAUGUAAUGUUUUCAUAAUGAAGCCAAUUUAUUCCUAUUUACUUGAAAGUACAAUUGAAAAUACCAUUCAAGAAAUGGGAACGAGGACUGGCCUCAUUCCCAUUUGUAUUUCAUCUAUUCAGUUUGUUCAGCCUGAAGGCACAGCCAUUCUCUUUUUUUAAUUGAUGUGAACCACUUUGGAAAAUAAUGAUUAUCUGUAAAGGAAGAGGACAGUAAAUAGAUAGAUAAUCAAUAAAUUAGAAGCUUAAGAGUUUUUUUAUACCCGUGUGUGUGCGUGUGUGUGUGCGCGCGCCUUCAAGUCACCCGUCAACUAUUGUCCUUAUUUGUUUUUCUAGAUCAGUUUUUCUCCUUUUACUAUCAUAGUGCUUUUUCUUAUCCUAAAUGUGCCAUUGUCAGGACUCUCUUCGUAUUUCCCUGACUUCAAAUAUUUCUGCUGACAGGUAGGCACUGAACACUCUGUUCUAAUUUUAUCAGCUACAGUGCUGUACUUCAAUUUCUCCUUUAAAUAUACUUAUUCAACAAAGACUCAAAACCCACCUUCACUUGCCAAAACUAUUUUAAAAUUUAUACUACCUUGGAACAGAACUGAAUAGUGUUUGAAACAUAAGAUGCUGAGUUGUGAUUCACCACCAAAAAAAACACAAAAAUGCACUUUCAUGGGCCUCACAGCUAGUCAAAGAAAAUAAUGCAUUCUGUCUUUACAAAUACAAGGUUAAUUGAAUAUCUCGAAUAGAUGUGUACUAUAUUAUUCAUUUUACCAUGAAUGUGGGUAAAAUGUUGUUGUUGUGGUGGUGGUGCGGUGUCAAAAGGACUGCUGCUUUAAUUCCUUGAAUUAUUUCAGUAUGAUUGGCUUUAUUUCUGGCAUAAUUCUGCUUAUCCCAUUGACUUUAUAUAUGCUAUAGAAGUUUCUCCAGCUUGUGAGUACCUGUCUUUCCACAUUUCAAAAUAUCUUAGCACUGGAAUUGUUUUGUGCCUUGGGUUCUGGUAUUAACAGAUGACAAGAGAAUGAUAGCUACCCCCUUGCUCCUUAUAAAGUUGAAUAAAUACUGUGUGUAAAUUUAAUUUAAUUUUUUAGUGGAGCUAGGAUUCCAUCAUUAGAAGUAUCCCUAUCAAUUGCACAUAGAUUUCAUGAUUGUUUUGCAAAGCUAUUGCUAUUACCCUUCCCUGAAACUCAUCUCUCCUUUGCUUUUGUUCCCCCUUAUUCAUAAUUGUCUAGUAAUAACUGGCCAUAAUUGUGUAGUAAUAACUGAUUUAAAUCAGACCAAGACCUGUUGGUUAUUUUACUCUUGAAUCUCAGAUAUGCUUUCUGAUUGUGUUCCCCAAUCAGAGUGAUGUUGAACUUAAGACUUCUUGCCAAGUAUUUUGAUUGUUGUAACCAAAGCACCUUCAGGGGAUAGCAUUGUUAGAAAUCAGUGCAGCUUUACUGACAAAGCUUUAUUGUCUUGCUAUUUGGUGAACUGUAAAAUUUGUGUUGUGAAAGAUUUAAAGUACUGUUAAAGAAUUCCAAAGAGACUACUUGCUUUCCUGUUUAAAUGCUAAAAAUUAAGACUGUAGAUUUUUUUUGGAGUAAAUUAGGCAUGGCAAUGAACUGUUUUAUUCAAUUAGCUUACUGUGGGAGGUGAUUAUGCAGCUAGGGAAUAUACUGACAGACUUUAUUUUUGUCUCUUCCACGCUUUAACAACUAGGGCAAUUUCCACUUCAGGGUUCAGUUUUAUAACUUUCUAAAAUUAAAAAAAAGCUCAGAUUGAAUAUGAUGUCUUCAUUAUGUUGGGUAUACUUGUGAAAUGAGAAAGUAAGAUAUUGGUACUGGGUUUACUUCAAAGGCAGCCUCCAUGUAAAGUAGCCAAAUUUGGAAGUUACUAGACUAUGGACUACUCUCUAGUCCACAGCUUCUCAAACUGUGACUCGAGACCCCUAAUGGGAUCAUCAUAACUGUAUGUUGGGGUCGUCUUCCUUUCUCUCUUGUGUGAAAAUUCUUUGCUUUCCCUUCACUCUCACAUGCCUCUCUCUGCCUCCUAUUCUCUCUUUCUCUCAUGCCUGCACUUUUCUCUGCUUUCCCUCCUCUCUCAAUCUCUCUUGACUCUCUGUCUGCUUUCCCUUUUCUCUUAUGAACACACACUCUUUCUGCUCCCCCCCUCUCUUUUAUACUUGGGGUCACAGAAACAUUUCUUGUGUAAAAAAAGGUCAUAGCUCAAAAAAGCUUAAGAAUUUUUGUUCUAGUUGAAGCUGGCUGUAAGCACAAUGAUAUACAGAGUCCCCCUGCCGCCAUUGGAAGAGAUGGCUGUAGCAGAACUUCUACUUUAUAGACUUGCUCCUGCAGGAACAGUACUGCUUCAGCCAAGACAGAUCACUUUCCAAGUUCCCGAGCCUGGGAAUCACCAGUCCACAAAGCCCCCUGUUAUUGUGAUUCAGCUUUAAGUUUAUUGGCUCUUCUUAAGUUUGUCUCAUUACAACAGUCUCAUGCUGUUGGAGCAUCAGCUGACUCUGACAAUAAGAAAACAUUGAGCUGAAUUUUAUUAUUUUGAAGGUAGGCUUUCCCAAAACUCCUAAUGAGCUCAUCCAGUGGCUUCAUAUAGAGAUUAUACAACAAGGCAGAUAGCAUGGAAUCCCGCAGCAUCCCACAACUUAAUACAAUCUCCAACUUGGGGUUUCCACCAUCAGUGUCUGGAAGCAGCCCUGUAUUUAGGAGGAGAACCACCAUAACACAGUACCUCAUAUUCCCUCCUGCAGAAUAAUCCAACAAGGGACCAUGAGAAAGGAUAAUGAAAAAACAAUGAGAGAUCCCAAAAGGAUAUAAACAACUAGUAAGCAAAAACCUGAAUAAACAGUGACCAUAACUGUGUUUAUUUGGAGUCAAUAUUCACAAUAUAUGUUAAUACAUGACUAGACGGUCUGAUUAAUAAGUGAUAGAUGGUAAAUGUUUGCUUUGCUAAGAUUGAAGAAUGAGACUUCUAGGUACAGUAAGCAGAUGGAGAGUCCAAUUAAAGAUUCUUCUAAUAUUAAUCCUAAAAUUAAUUCAUUAUUAUACAUUUAGCAAGGAGGGACUGUUGUGCUCACAUAUCAUAUGCAACAAGGAAAAAUGAUCUACCUUCAAUUUCUAGCCUUGCCUGAAGUGCUAAUUUCUUUCUAAAAAGAUAUGGUGAUGUCCAGUAUAACUAACGCAACCUCUGUACAUGAAAUCCUAAUGUAGGUUUUUAGAUAUAGAAGCAAUUUUAGAUAUAGAAGCAAUGAAGAUUUUAGAUAUUGAAGUAUGUUUCCAUUGGUGAGUAUGCACUGGACAAUCUAAACCUUUAAUCCAUUCAAUUCUAACUUCAUUGACAUCAAAUUUAGCAUUUUACAACAUUUGCAACCUAUAGUUAUUGGCUUCAGUUAUCUGCAGAUCCAAUUAGUGCUUUCAAUAUAACAUGAGUAGCUGGGGCACUGAGAGGAAGUGACUUAUCUGAGGACACUAAAACAUGAUAUAUAUUGUUCUGGUACACCAGAGAGUAUGUGGCAUGUGCACUGCAAAAUGGCAAGGAUGAAAUAGCAAGGUUUUUUUUCCAGUUGAUUAAUGUUUAAUUAUCUAAAUAAUAACACUAUACAUUGCCAUUCUUUUUAUUAAAUUCCAGUAAUAUUAAUUUUAAUAAAUUAUUUACAAGAUGUAUGAUUGACUAAAAAAGAUUUAAACUAGUCUUAAUGUGACACACUAAUCACUGCUGCUAUAUGCUAUAAUGUAUGUUCAUUUGUGAAAUAAUAGCACAGCAAAUAUAAAAAUAAAGAAGCUUUCCUAAUUAUUUAUUGUGUUAACCCUAGCGUCCCAAUCUUAAUAUUCAAAAUACUAAAGUUAAAUCCUUAAUAUUAUUUUUUAGUUUGUUGGUCUGACAGUCUAUGAUUAGAGGAAACCUAAUACUUUCCAGUGAUUUAUACAUGUAGAAUGUAUUGAUUCAGAACUCCAUUAUAUACUGGUUUCUAGUGUUCCUUGUGGGAAAAGACAAAUUUUAUGCAUGCUUUGUUUCAGCAUACGGUAAUCCCCCCCCCCCCCCCACACACACACACAGUUAUGAGAAAAACCCACACUAGUGGUCCUUGAAAUGAUAGCCACCGGAGAGAAUCUAAAAUUUUAUACAAAGCUUUGAAAUAUUUCAUGUGAAUACAGAGUUUUAAAAAUAGGUACCAUAGUAUUUCAUUUUGUUUUAUGUGAUUUUUAUCUUCAACUCUUUUGAUCUCAAUGAUCCUUGAAACAUACAGAUGGCUAUGCUGUAGCUGAGAAAGCCAAAGAAAAUAUAUUUGAAGUGCCUGGUAUGUUAUAUGAUAUAUAAUACUGACACACAAAGCUGGCAUUUGAAGAUUUACUACUAAUAAAUAGUGUCUGGAGAACAGUUUUAAACUUGUAAAGUUGUAUGGACAUUGCAGAUUAAGUUUGCAUUACUUAAAAGAAAAUCCUCAAAACACUAUUAGCUCCAGCUCUAAAGACCUGCUAAGUAGGUUGAAGCAAUCCAAUAUAAACAACUUGAAAGCUCAAAGCUAUGAAGGGAUUUUGUUACCAUCACAAGUAGUUUUAAAGAGAGCCAGCACUUAUUUUGUUCUUGGAGUUUACUUUUUUUCUUUAGAGACAUCAGUCAGGUUUUAAAAAAUUAUUUUGUCUGUGAAAAUUUAACCUGAAUUAAUGAAGUCAGGAUUGUUUCAUUUAAAAACAUUUCAGUCGGAUACUGACUCAAUAUUUUAUCUUCUUCCCCUAUCUAGAAUGAGAGGUUAAGUUCUAAGCCAGCUAUGGUUACCCUUAUAUUAUUUCAUUGAACGUUUUAUUGCUAUUUUUUUGUUGUUUUUACAGACUACAGAUAUCCAAAUACAGCAUAUUCAGUAUAAUAUUUGGAACAAAAAUGUAUUUCUACCCCUAGUUCCCUAGCCCUAACUCUAGUUAAGUCCCAUUGUCUUAAAUUAUUAUUUCCAAAUUAUAUAAAAUCAUAUUAGAGGACAGAAAAAAGUAGUUUAGACAGGCAUUCCCUGAGUUACAAUCAUCUGACUUACAAAUUACUCAUACCUCACAACCUCUGAUGAUGCCUGCCAUAGAUGUGGGCGAAAUGACAGGAGAGAAUACUUCUGGAACAUGGCCAUACAGCCCGGAAAACACACAACAACCCAAAAUGACUCAUAGUUAGGAAUAGGGGUGAGACAACAGGAAGUGAGAGAAGUCUAUCCCUAGGAAGGGAAAUUUUCUCCUGAAAGAGUUAUCAUGGGGAAAAGCUGUCUCCACUGAAGCUUUAUCACCAAUCCUUGUUUCCACAACAAGCCACAUUUUCAAAGAUGGGAGGCUAAAACUAAAUGAAAAUGUGUCAGCAUUUAAAGUCCCACCUUAAGGCUAAUAUAAGUUUUGUGAGCUCAGCAUAGCAAGGUAUCAGUGAUUUUUAUAUUAGCCAAAGCUGUACUCCACAAAUGAUGUAGUUGCCCCAAUCCAAAAGGAAUGCCCUCCAGUCUGACUGGAUGGAGUCAAGCUUACACCCUAGCAAUCUGGCAGACUGUAACUCUUUCAUAAUUCUACCUAGACUCUGAAAUGCACAGGAAGGGGCUGUUUAAGUCCAAUCACCUUCAUCUUCAAAGUCACUGAAAAAGACCUGUAUUAUGGGAAUGGCUUCGGACUUUGGAGCGUCCCGACUAAAGCUCCUCUUUACUGUCUUUCUUAUAGCAGGUGGAGACAUUUUUUUUAUUUAGACAGGCUUGUAGAACUGACAGUUGUUAAGAAAGGGUACUGUAUUAUUUUUCAUCGUACUGUUUUAUCUUUCUAGAGCAGUGGUUCUCAACAUGUGAGGUCCCCAGAUGUUUUUGCCUAAAACUCCCAGAAAUCCCAGCCAGUUUACCAGCUGUUAAGAUUUCUGGGAGUUGAAGGCCAAAAACAUCUGGGGACCUCAGGUUGAGAACCACUGUUCUAGAGUAUAUGCUUUACACUGUUUUAAUACGGAUAGUUCAAUUCUAUUCUAAAGUUGAUCUUUUCUUAAUUUUUAACUAUAUUGAAAUACUUUUAAUCCUUAAGAUAUCUUUUAUUUCAAUCUGAACAGAAGAUAUCAAUAAACAUGACAACGGUGAUGUUGAUGAUGAUGAUCAGCAGCAGCUUGCCCUGACUAUUGCAAUAAACCAGUACCUAGUAAGGCAGUACUGUUCAACAUAUGCAAAUAUAGUUGGAUCACUAGAAACAAUUUGCAAAUUUUUAAGACCUCUGUUUGGGCAAGGAUAUGUGACUAUUGCUAGUAGCACUAAACCUAUAAUCCCCCCAAUUAUUAGAGCUUGACCUUCUUAUCAACUACUUUACUUCCUUGGCAUGUCCUCUAUCUUUAACACAUUUUUUAAACUAGACAAACUUUUUAAUUGCAUAGAUUCUAGCUCACCAAAACAUUGGUCUUUCCCAGGUGUAAAGGUAACAUUACUUUUUUCUUUAUUCACAUGGGAUAUGGAUGGGGUGGAAAAGAUCAUCACCAAUAUCCUAGUACCCUCUUGUUUAAGAAGAUUCACAGGGCUCAAGAAAAUGGCUAGCCUCAUUUAUAAUAAUAAUAAUAAUAAUAAUAAUAAUAAUAAUAAUAAUAAUAAUAAUAAUAAUAAUAAUUUUAUUUUUAUACCCUGCCCCAUCUCCCCGAAGGGGCUCGGGGCGGCUUACAUGGGGCCUAGCCCGAUAAAACAAGAUGGCCAUCACAUUAAUAGUCAUGGUGUGUGGAGCAAUGUCUUGUACAUUUAAGUAAGCCAGGCACUUCAGAAUUUAAAGUGCUAAAGCCAACCACCUGGCAAUGGCCUUCUCUCACUGAGAAGAUGAAAAAUCUGCUCACUGCUUUGCUGUAAAAUCGAAGGCUUGAGAGGGUAACGGGAUUAAAUAGUCCUCUCCUGAAAUGUCAGAGUCCUUUGGGCAAGUGCUGAAUUGCUAUCUAAGUCUGGUGCCAGAGAAUGAAAUCUGUCCUCUUAAAAUCAGACUAAGAAUCUGCAGUUCUUUAGCUUGGAAUGAAACAUGCUGAGAAGGAAAUGUUAGCUGAUGGGCACACAAGAACAAAUAGAGAAACCGGCCUAGUUAUUCUUUCUUAUGAGUUUAUACAGUUAAGAAAAAUUAAAUCUUGCAAGAUAUUUGAACCAAUCUAGCUUUCUGGCCAGCAUUAUACAUAUCAAUAUAUCAUAAACUUUAUGCCUCUGAUGUUAUCUAAUGCACAUGGUUCUAAGUGAAGGCAAAUAACCAGAUUUAAUUAAUCUUAUCACAGAAAAAUACUGCUAUGAUUGAAUUGUUGUGUGUUUUCCGGGCUAUAUGGCAUGUUCUAGAAGCAUUCUCUCCUGACGUUUCACCCACAUCUAUGGCAGGCAUCCCCAGAGAUUGUGAGGUAUGUUGGAAGCUAAGCAAGGGAAGUUUAUAUAUCUGUGAAAGGUCCAGGUUGGGAGAAAGAACUCUUGUCUGUUGGAGGCCAGUGUGAAUGUUGUAAUUAAUCACCUUGAUUAGCAUUAAUGACUUUGCCAGCUUCAAGGCCUGGCUUCUUCCUGCCUGGGGGAAUCCUUUGUUCAGAGGUGUUAAUUGGCCCUUAUUGAUUCAUGUCGGGAAUUUCUCUGUUUUCAGAGUGUUGUUCUUUAUUUACUGUUCUAAUUUUAGAGGUUUUUUUAAUACUGGUAGCCAGAUUUUGUUAAUUUUCAUGGUUUCCCCCUUUCUGUUGAAAUUGUCUACAUGCUGGAGGAUUUCAGUGGCUUCUCUGUGUAGUCUGACAUGGUAGUUGUUCGAGUGGUCCAGCAUUUCUGUGUUCUCAAAUAAUAUGUCAAUGAGAACUGUGUUGUCAAAGAAUCUGAGCCACUCCCCCUUCUUCUGUCAUCUUCUCCAACUUGUACCUUCUGGAUAGCUUGACCUGCUUGACCUUAGUUACAAAAUGGUGAGGUCUGUUGGCUUUGCAUAGCCUGUGUAUCUUCUUAACCUUAGGGGAGAUUGUUUAUAAACAGUAUCAAGAAGGAUGACCUACACAUACGUUUGAUGAGAAGUGGAAUUAAUGACUGAAUUGAAGAGAGAAGCACAAUAAGAAACAGGCACCAGUAUAGUUUGUUUAAUGAUGGUGCAUUCUCAGAAUCUAGUAUGUUUCCAUUAUAGUUAAGUUUAUACACAUUUAGUCUGUUAAAUACCUGAAAUCACGCAAGAAAGUGAACUGCAAGAUUGUUGACAAAAUAAUCUGUCCUUGUCAAUUUUAGUGCUAUCUGUUAUAUUUGAAAAAUAUCUCUAUGGUGGUGUGGUUUAAACACUGGACCAUUACUCUGGACAACAAGGUCUGAAUCCCAACUCAGUCAUGGAAAGCCACUGGGUGAUCAUGAAUAAGUCACAUAUCCUCAGUCUCAGAGGAAGGCUAAGACAAAUUUCCUCUGAACAAAUCUUGCCAAGGAAAACCUGUGAUAUGGUUACAUUGGGUCAACAAAUUACUUUUAAACAUAGACCAGCAAUAAUUUCUAUUGAGCAGUCUUCUCCAACUUGGUAGCCUGCAGAUGUUUUUGGAAACUGUCAUUAUCCUUCAAUGCAAUUCAUGCUGACCAUGACUGAUGGAAAUUAUAUGACAAUAUUUGGAGGACAUCAGGCUCAUUUAGUUAAACGAGAUUGCAAUAUACAUAUCUUUAAAAUAUCAUGGAUAAUUCCUCUUAUCAAAUAUUUAGGAGUUAUUUAUUUCUCAUGUCAGAAGCGAACCGAGGGUACAAGUUGUAAUGUAUUUGAAAACACGAAGUUUUUUUUAAACUUGGCAUUAAUACUAAAUGUCUUUUGCCCAGUAGCUGGCCACUUCUGGUGUUGCUAUUAGAAGGUCCUCCAUUGUGCACAUGGCAGGGCUCAGAGUGCAUUGUAAUAGGUGGUCUGUGGUUUAGAGUUAGGAUUUCCAUGUGUAAAAAGUGAUUAUAAAGACUGUUAAUUAGUGAAAUUGAUAGAUGGUGGCUCAGUGGAAGGCGAGUUCACUGAGUCCUCAGCUUACAGCUUCCAAGAGUCCCAGAACCAUUUUAUUGGCCAUGUGUUUUUAUUUGGGGGGGGGGGGGUUUGCAGUGGGGAAGUUUGUAAUAACUGUCCUUAACUUAAUCAUGUUUAUUGUAUCUCUCCAGAUGUUUUUUGAUAGCAACGUCCACUUCCACUAGUUCUAGCUAAAAUAGACAAUGGUGAAGAAUAAUGAGGAUUGCAGUUUAAAAACAUCUGGAAUACCUCAUGUUUCCUAUCUUUGGACCACAGUCUGCACAUGCACACACAAACAUAUAUACACGCAUAUAGAGCUGUGUGACUGUGAAAAGUAAACCAUUAAAUCAGUCCAGUUCCCAUCUAUAUACAUUUAGGGACUUAUUCAUAAAUCUACUAAUCCAUUUAUUUUCAAAAAGAGGAAAUGCAUUGUGAAACAAGAACAAAAGAAGACACUGAUUUAUACUCAUGCAUGUUAUAAUAAAUUACGUGUAUAAAUCAAAACGUAACAUUCCAUGCUGCAAUUUUAAUACCAAUAGAAACUAUGUUAAACUCUUUUUCUGGUUCUAGAAUAAUUUUAAAUAAUGUUUUGGAGUGGCUUUUUGUUAAGAGAUGCCAUCCUGCACUGCUUAAAUCUCUAUUGUUAGUUAGUAAGCCUAGGUACAAAGUUAGGGACAACUUCCCAUAGUCCCAUGCAUGCUUGAUAGGAUUUACUAUAAUUUCCUUCUUCCUGUCUUGUUUAGGUCCACCCCAUCCAUUUGUUGAUCUAGAAAUGUGAUCUCUCCUAGGGCUUGAUGUAACUUCUUCAAUUUAGCUUUUGGAAUUUUUAUGGCCCUAGAGAAGAAAGGGACUGCCCAUGCGGUGGUCACCAUGACUCUUCCUGCUUUUGUUUCACCGAGAGGAUGGAUUUUGUCUCCUCUCGUAGCCAAAAUGUAGCUAUCUAGUUUUCUUUGUUAUUUUCCUCCGCCUACCUGUCUUAGACCAGCUUAGAGAAGCUAGUUUAGCUCCAAACCUUUUCUAUCCAUCAAUGGAUUUCUUUUACCUCAAUAAAUGUUUUUUAAACUUUUAAGCUGACUUUGUGAUCCUUUGCCAUCCAGAAGACAAAGGCUUUCCUGAACUCGCUCUGUGUAAGUUUCCUGCUGUUUUGGAAGAGAUACUUCCACACACUCUGCUGUUUUCCUGGGAAUUUACUUCACAAAGGAGGGUCAUUUGAACUUAACAGCUUGCAGAUUCCUGACACUUUUAUUAUUUAUUUAAUGUUUUAUAGUGUUUUCGUAGAUUGUGCAUCACUUCAGAGACCUUGGCAGGUUGAGAAGUAAUAAACGAAUGUCUCAAAUAAGAUAAAUAUAAUGCUUCUAAGUAAAAUAGGGGAUAGUGUGCCUGCUUAGUCUGCUGUCCAUCUGAAUUUUUGCAAAUUACAUAAUCACUGAUCAUUGUCAUUCCUGACAAAGGGGUGGCAUGCAGAUUGAACGUUAGCCCCCAAAAAAUGUUUGAAUGAAGUCUUUGCUUCUUAAUAAAAUAUUCACUUCUGUGUCCUGUCCUGCAGUCACUAAAAGUGACCAGCAAUUGGUGCCAGAACAUCAUUAAUUUUUUCUGUGAAUUUUCGUAAUGGGCUAUUGGUACACAUAAACAACACUGAAUUGUUUAACAAAUGUUGAUAUGCUGGUAGCUUCUUUGCUACAGAGAAUAAAACUACUGGGAGGAGGGACAACUGAGUUACUUCUACAAAUAACAUAGACAUUUGGCAGGAUUGAUGGAGGAUUUCUAAAUGGCUUUCUUUCUGCCCAUAUGCAAUGUGUUAAGAAGACUAUCACUCUUUGAAUGAAAAGGGAGAGUAAUUGAGAGAGAAAGCCUUGCAGAUAUAUUUUAUGAGCUUGUAUGAUCUAAGGCUUUCAACUGAAAUAAUUGAGCUCUCCUGCUUUUUCUUCCAAACACUACUUUCUUUCCAUUACUUUACCCAAGUGUUUGGCAGCAGUUGAGUGUUCUGUAUCCACUCUAUAAAAGUGAAGGCCCGAAUGCUGUCAUUCAAAAUUGAAGCAAAUCCCCAAAUAGUUUGAAAUAUCCAUGUGGAUUUUAAUGAGUGGUUGGCUGGAUUUUAGGGACACCUUCAAAAUACCUUUCUAAAUAGCAAUGGUGUCUCUUUAUGUGUUGAAAGGAAGAUGUGACCUCAUUGGGAUUUGAACCCUGGUUCCAAAAUGUCUAGGCAUUUCAAACCUGGGUAUUAAGCAAUUGUCCAGAAAUGAGUCUGGGAAAUAAUUUUACUGACAUGGUUUCAGUUUUGGUUAAAACAUAAACAGCUUUAGCAUGAUCCAUUGUAAAGCAUGGAAACGAUCUUCUAUAAAACAGUGUGUAUGUAUAUUUGCUAUUCACUGAAUAUAGUCAAUUUUUCCUCUGAAAAAACAUUUUUCUAACCAAAUGUGUUUAGAUAUUAUUUUUUAAAAUAAUUAGUUCUCAAAGUUUUGCACUAAAAUUACAUGUUCUCAUAAAAUUUCCUCCUAUAUCCUUGUACAUUCUUUUUGCAAAGGCACUUUCAAAUGGAAUGGAUGCCCAUUUUAAAUAUUACUGAACUUGAGUCCUUGACUUGAUAACUGUUUUACAUCAUAACAUUUUUAGGUGCAUCUUGGAAAGUCAAUAGAGUAUAUUAAUGGUGACUUACUUCAUCUUUUCGUCUUUUUAGAAAUGGCAGCAUGAACAUCUUAACAAUCCAUUUUCUAAUACAUCUGCAUUUAAUAUCAUAAGCCGUUUCCAUAGCACUUUGAAUAACAUACAAAUAGCACCUCUUAAAUUUUAGAGCAGAAAAGUUUUUUUGCUGCCCUCUUAAAAUGUAUCUUCCAUAAUCAUUACUGUUCAUAAUCUCCUCAGCACUCAGUUUUAGGCAUUUAUAUACACUAUAUUUCUGUUUUAUCUAUAUUUAAAUCUCAUUAGUCAAAUUCAUUUCCUGUGUUCAUAAGUUUUGAAACAAUAGCUUUUAUGAGAGGUAGGCUGGUAGAUAAAUUAUACUACAUUUGGAUUUUGUUUCAGAAUAAGGAGUAUGUAAGAGAUUUUCCCAUACAUUACUAAAUCUAAGCAUUCAUUUUCCCUCUUACAUUUUCUUAGAUACAUUUUAGAAAUUACCAUUCCUUUCCCCAGAUGGUAAAAUGUUCAAAGCAAAGGAUUUAAUGGACCAAGAGUGCAAAUCACGAGAUGAAUUCAGAAACCAUUUUAGAUCCUGUUUAAAAUGGCAUUUUCCUUCCUACUUUUCUCUCCUGAAAAUGUCUACUUCUGAAAUAGAAAACAUAGGAGCCACAAGUGAUAGGAAAGAAUUUUUAAAGACAGGAGGAAUUUUCUUGGAAAACUCUUUGUGAAUGACUGAGGAUAGAGGCUGUUUGUGUGCUAAGAGAAGCACCUGGCGGCAAUCAUUUGAAGUCUUUCAAGUAGUAGGAGUUUCAUUCAUGGGCAGCUUAUGGUUGCAGAGAUAUAGCAAUUUCAAAUCUGGUCCAUCUUUUUGAAAUAUCUCAAACUUUGAUCGAUAUCUUUUGGCCAUUUAUAUUAUAUUAAAAGUCUAUUUAAAAGUUUAAGCAGAAUGUCAGAACCUGAUCAUUGGAAUCACGAAUUAUUCCACGGAGCUUGAAAGUGUCAGUUGACUUGUGAAUAAAGCAAAACAAAUAAAAUGAAUUAAGUCUAUUCUCAGUUCUAUGAGCAAGUUCGCAAGUGAGAUAUUGAUCUAUUUACUUUUGUAUCUCUCUGCAUGACCAGUCAAUUAUUUACACAUUACUAAGACACUAGGCUUUUGUAAUCAAUUGAAAUAAGAAAGUUUAUUUGAGGUUUUUGGUUUUUGGCUUUGGACACUGACAAACUAAUAAACAGUUUACUGUUUUGGAAAUUCUUGCUAGAUAACCUAAUCGUCAUUUUCAAAAUAGAAACUUUGCAGUAUUGCCGUUAGCAAUGCAACAUUCAUGACCGAAUUUUGAUGUAAAUAUGCAGUGUUCAAAUUUUUCAUAUGUUGUAAAGGAUUUUGUGAUACUUCAAUACCAAUCGUCUUGUUCACAUCCCAGAAUUCUGAGGAGCUCUCAUAAUGUAACUAAACCCAGCUAUUUAAUAGCAUUUCUCUUCCAAAUAUUUAUUGAAAAAAUAUGAUCUCAGUGAUUAGACUGUUGGUCAGAGUACCAAGUAUCAUUAUUUAAUAGAUGCUAUAAAACCUACAUUGCUUAGAUUCACAGCUAUACAUAUUAUUUGACAUAUGCUACAGAUUCUGGAUUGGUAACAGCAGUUGUGAGAUGAGCUCAACAAGUAACAAUGUCAGACAAACAAACAAGAAGCCAGACAUUUAACAUUUUAACUUAAGCCCAUGUAAGAAAAUUACAGUGAAGAUAAAUUGGCAUGUUAUCUUACUAUUUCUUGCUUCCCCCUUUGUUCUCUUCUUGUUGCAUGUCUUCAAAUAAUUUUUGGCUUUAUAGUGACUUUAAGGCAACCCUACUAUUUUUUUAAAGCAAAAUUUGUUCAGAUGUGCUAUGAUCUUCCUCUGAGGCUGACUGUAGCUUGCCCAAGGUCACCCAGUGGAUUUCUGUGGCAAAGUGGGCAUUUGAAUCCUGAUUUCUAGAGUCAUAGUCCAACACUCACACCACUGGGAUGAUGUUAAGGUCUACUUUUCCUAUCACAUAGCUAUGCAAUUUGUGUUUAUACACAGAGAGACUAAAAGGUUAUAGACAAAGGGUAGGCAAUAUGUGGUCUUCCCCAUUAUGCUUUACCAUUAACUAUAUUGCCUAAGGCUCAUGGGAUUUAUCAUCCAAAAAAAAUCAGGAAGACCCCUAACAAACACAAUUAAGUUGAGAAAGCUUUCAUACGCUCUCCUAUCACCUCCAGAAAAUAAGAGAGUGUUUUGUUUUGUUGUACCUUUUACCCUGCCUCUGUCAGGUUUCAAUAGCCUGAGCUUUAGUGAACUUGUAACUUUAAAGGGAACAGAUUGAACAAGCUUAUAUUUGUAAUCACACUGAAGGCUGGUAAACAACACGAGAUUCUUAUUGCACAUUAACUUAUUUGACUUUAUCUUCUAACCUCUGUUAAAUUUCAUGGGGAUUUACAGAUGCGUUAUAUUAAGUUACCAUCUCAGCUAGAUUGAAAUGAAAGACAGCUCUAUCUGCUCUUUGACAGGUGGCGUGCUUAACUGUUCUGUUUUACAGCCCUCUUAUUUAAAAGGAUCAAAACAUGUUUGCAAGACUGAAACUUGGUACUCUGUUUUCCUGACAAUGAUACAAUCUAUUUGGAGUUGCUAUGAAGUUAUCUAAUCCACAGUGAAGCAAAAGGAAAGAUAUUUGGCAUUUGGAGUUUAGAAACAACUUUGGGAAACAAACAAACAAAAACAAGCUGAUCUUGAAUGUCACAAGUUUGUUGCUUCUAAUAAUAUUUAAACUUUGGGUUGUCCAAUGAAAAUGAAUUGUAUGGGAUUCAGAACAAGAAAAUGGUUCUGGGCUUUUUCAUAUGACACAUAAUUAAACUUUGGACUUUGCUUCUGAAAGAUAUAAUGGGUAUCAUAUACUUGAAUGGCUUAAAAUAGUACAACAAGCAUUGGUAUCUUGUGGCUUCCUAAUCCAAAAUUUGAAUGAGCUAUUCAUAAUUCUAAACUCCACUCCCUACAUAAAUUCAAUACUUUAAAUAAUUCCUCUGAUGUUCAGACAAAAACCUGGAGUGACGUUCCUCAAUGACAUAAAAACCACCGUUCCAAAGAUAUUAAAACAAAUGUAAUUUAAAAAGUGCUCUUCACCAAGCUGAAAUUUAUCUUGGUUCUUUUGAACUCUAUUCCUGUCUUACAAUGUGUUUGCUACCCAUUCUAGUUUUGUAUCAUUCACAAAUUUGAUCAGCAUUCCUUUCACCCAAUUUGAGAAAAAUAUUUCAGAUUGUCUUCUGUAGAAUGUGUCCGAUAUUUCAAAGCACCAGUGAAAUGGCAGCAGAAAGUGCUCCGGUCAUUUGGGGACUUAUUUACACUACAAAAAAACCCCUGUACGCACUCCAAAAUCAGUGCUAGCAGUCUUCACAAAACAUGACAACUUUUAGUAAAAACUCAGUGUUUUUUGUGCAUAAUCUGUCUCUCAAAAUUGUCUCCUGCUGCUAAAUUGUGGCUUUGUGCAAAUUGAUUAUUUCUCAGCCAUGGCUAUGCAUUUACAAACUGAGGAGUCAAAUUAACUGUAUACACAUGGUAUUUGAGGAUACUGCCAAAAGCUGCUUAUAUGGGCACUAGUAUAUCAGGCCUAAAUUCUCCCUAGAAGCCAAGAUGACUAAACUAGGGACUUUAUCAGACACAUUACAGAAAGCGGGGGGAGAUCAUCUUCACAAAGACAUUGUUUCAUUUUACAAAACCCAUCAGACGCUAUAUGUUCUCCACCUUUUCUCCCAUUCUGCCUCAUGUUCCAAACCAUCACACAAGCGAGUGCAGUCCCAGCCUGCUCUAUAUUCUUUUUUUAAUCAGGGAAAACUUCAAAAUUGCAGAAAAACAAAAUUAAAAAGCUAGCUGUAGAGCAAUCUUGGAAGCCAAGAUUACAGUGGAUCUUACCCCCUUUGGGGAGGUGGCAGGGAAAUUUAAACCCCUUUGCCACAAUCUUACCAUGCCUUCCUUUCUUCCAUUUUACCAGUGUUAUUAUCAACCCUUUUGUCAUGAUCCCUUCCUCCCAUUCCCUUUUACACUCCUUUCAUAGUUAAUAUCAUAAGUUUGGGCACCAAUGUAAUAUGAGCACAUAAAGAUAUGUUCAAAUUUAAAGCAAAAUUGUAAGAUUACUAUAAAUUGUUCUUGAACUUUCAUAGGCACUAGAACUUCCUAUAGUGGGUAAAAAGGGAACAAAAAAAUUAAAAAGCUAGAAAUAGCACAAUUUUGCAAGCUUAGAUUAAUAUGAAGGAGAAAAUGCAGUGAAAGCAAAGUGGUGAUAUCUGAUCAUAGUGCUGUUCCUUAGGAUUACAUUAAUUAAAAUAAAUUUACUCUCUCAGGCUCAUGCAGAAGGAUUGUGUAAAAGAAGUAGAGCAUAGGAGACCACCCAUAGAAAUGCCCAUUCCUCCACCUCACUGAAAUGACAUCACAUGGGCAAAUUUGUCAGAUCUCUUCCCACAUAUUUUAAAUCACUUUCUCUCAUUUCCAGACAUAUUGAGAGCUUGGAAUAGGGGUUCUCUGUCUCUCGUCCCCCCCCCCCCCCCAUUUCUCUUCACUUCUACAUUUCAGGGACGAAGUGCAAUGGAUGAAAAUCAGAAAUAGUUCUACGUUGUGUGAGGGGCUCUGUAACACGUCAUCCCUGAAGUGUCUUAGAAAUAUGUGGAAGGACUUGUGUUUGAUGAGGUCUUAAGACUGUCAUACUUUGGAUGUAUAAUUGACUAGAAAAUACAACAAUGCUUAACAAGGUAGGAGGCAAUAGGAAAAAAGAAAGACUGCAUUAUAGAUGGAUGGAUUCAAUUAAGGAAACCAGAUCCCUGUGUCUGCAAGACCUUCGCAGGGCUAUUUAUGGUAGGGGGCUUAUAGAUCUAUAACUCAUAGAGUUGCUAUAAGUCAAUGAUGAUUUGAUGGUAUUAACAACCACAACAUCAAACCCCAUUUUAAGAACGUUGAUAAGUCCUCCUCUGCCCCCUUUCUCCCUUUUUAUGCAUUGUGGGUAGGAGCCACAGUCACAUUUCAGUCAAGGCUACUAUUCAAGGGAUCAGGGUCUUACCAUUAUAGAACUAUAAUUAUAGAAAGAUAAUUCAUUCCUGAGCACCUUUUUGCCCAGUAUACAUUUGAUAAUGGACUUGGUAUUCUUCAAAAGCAAGAAUCAGUCGUGAUGACACAGUGCAUUUGGAAACGACUGUUUAGAAGAUUUGACUGGAUAAAUAAAUGCUCUUUGCUGGAAACUGGAUUGUAGCCAGCUCCCUCUCCCUCCUUUCCAUACCAGUAACAUUUUAACACACAAGAGGACUUUGGUGUGUUUCUGGUUUGUUUCACUCAAAAACAAUUCGUUUGGAAAUAAUGUCCAUUACAAUAACCCCAGUCUGUGUGCAGUGGAACAAGGCCAUUAAUCAGAUGUCAGGUGUGAAGUAUCCCCAGAGGCUGCAAACAGCUGCUUCCACUUAAUCGCUAGCCGCCUGGGCAGUUGUGCUACCUGCAUGUAGAAAUGUUACAUUUCCUGAUGCAUUAAAGCCCACUUUUCCAAAUGCUUGACCUUGAAAUGCAUAAAAAUACAUGUUAAUCUCUCUAAUGGGGUGAUAAUGACAUUAUCCUCGCACAGCUAUGAAAGCAUCAUUAGGCUGGAAGGGUGCAAGUGUACUUAACACCCCAUUAUCAAAAUUUGGCCAAUUAUGAUUUCCCAUUUUCCCUAUCAUCUUUUCCAGUUAAAAGAAAUAAAUCUUUCUGAUACAUCUUUCACUUUUUCUACACUAUAACAUAAUAAUCUGUAGCUACAACCCCAUAUAAAGCUCUUAUAUGUAGUGACCUAAAUUAGUUCAAAUAAAAUAUUUUUCACAAAGCAUUUAAAUUAUUUGCUUACCUUUUAUUUUUACAGCUGACUUGUGAUGCUGCUGGUGACUGAGUGUUUAUUAGCUUAAAAAAGAAAUAUUACACUCAAAAACAGAGUUUUUCCGUUUUCUUUGACACUCUGUAAGUAUGCAGAAAUACAGAAACUUGUAAAGUAAAAAUUUUACAACUCCAUCCCAUAACUGCUUUUUUUUGGUAGGUAUGGCUGGGGACAGACUAAUGUCUCCAUGUCACACAAUGGUAGCCUGCAUUGUGAAACUUGGUGCUUGUCGUUUAUAAUUUUAUAAAACUGCAACAAAACUUUGGAAUUCAUUUUGAGGUUUCUAUAUCAGAUAUAAAGAUUUGUUAACAGAACUUAGGCCCCUUCUACACAGCUGAAUACAAUUCAGAUUAUCUGCUUUGAACUGGAUUAUAUGGCAGUGUAGACUCAAAUAUUCCAGUUCAAAGCAGAUAAUGUGGAUUAUCUGCUUUGAUAAUCUGGGUUAUAUGGCAGUGUCAAAGGUCCCUUAGGGUGGUUCCAGAUAUGCAUUUAACCCUCUUCAGAGCAGUUUAUGUAAAUCCGCUCCACAAGGCAUUAAAAAUCCGCACAUCCUAAGGAGAAAACGGGCUAUUCUAUGAGUUGUCUCCAUGGCAGCACGGUAACUUCUGUGCUACUAUGGGCCACCCCCCAAACCCCCCACAAAACCCUUAAAAAUAAAAAUAAAACUUACUGGGCAUCAUUAGGUCUUUCUUCAGCCUGAUGGAACAUAUCAAUGACAUGUGAGGAGGUGGGGGGAUCACUCCCUGCUCCCUUUGUCUUCUUGUGCAUCAUUUAUAUGUUUCUUCAGGCCUGAAGAGAGAUCUAAUGGCUCCCAGUAAGUUUUAUAUUUUAUUUUUAAGGGGUUUUGGGGGUUUUGGGAAGGUGGUGGCUACCUCACAAAACCUCCCACCCAUUGUACCAUGACAAUUGGUUAAGUUGAGUAUGGAUUGAGUUUACGCUGCUGUUUUAUAUUCUUAUGUUUUAUCGAAUUGUACUUUUAACUGGACUGCUUUGUUUACCUUUAUUUUAUUUUAAUUAUAUUUUUGUGUUGAUGGAUUGUUUUGUAUUUGCAUUUGUGAGCAUUUUGUCCCAUAUGAAAGCCACCCUGAGUCCAUUUUGGGAGAUGGUGGUGGGGUAUAAUAAUAAAGUUAUUAUUAUAAAACAGUAGGGAAAAGGAAAAUGUUGUGACACUGUCCUUCCCUUAAAAAAGAAAAAGAAGCCUUUUUUUGUAAUACACAGUGGCCCUGAGUCCUGUAUGGGUACUAUAGGUUGCACUUUACUGCAAUUCUAACAUUAUCCUGAGAUUUAGCAGAUUGAUUUUCAAUCUAAACUCUUGAUGAAGAAUAACUGCAAUUUCCAACAUUACUUUCCAUUGACUGUGCUGUGGGGAGUUGCAAUACUACAGCUGGGGUGAAAUGAGAUGAUACCCACCUCUGGUUUAGAGCAAUUACAAAAUAGAAUGUUUUCCCCAUCUCUAAAUUAGGAAAAAAGAAAUAAACCUUGGGGAAAAAAUAAGGAAUAGCUUUGUGUAUGAAAGGAAUACAAGCACAGUUCUGGUACUAAAAUACCUUUUUGGGUUGAAUGUAGUCUCAGAGAGACCAUAUUCCUUAAUCAAUUCUGUGUCUAGGUAGCCUAUCAUUUGUCUCCCCCAGGCAUAUAGGAUUGUUACAUUAAACUGCUGGAAGUCAGUGGAGCUUGAGUAGUACAAAGAAUUUUCAGUUUAGUGCAGCCCAGUUGCUUCUUUUAAUGCUGAUUAUGACCUUUAAUGUUGGACUGGCACAGUUGCCUUGGUUUUUCUUUUGGGCACAAAUUCACAGCACUGCUCUUUUAUGCUUGUGUGAUGUGCAUUUUAUUUCUGACUUUACCUGUGACUUCUAUUUGGAUUGUGCUUGUUCUGGCACCUCCCCUGCGGCCACUUCUGGGAGUGCAUGACUCCAAUGGUUGUGCCCACAGGUUCAUCGGAACAUGCAAGCCCCCUCACCACGACAAGGUGACAAUUCAUCAAGGAGGUUCCAGACCAAGCACAAUCCGAAGACCCAAAGACCUCAAUGGCGGAGCAGGCGGAGGAUAAUAUGGUACAUGUUACAACGGCUGUGAAGGCGGAAGAAGGCUGCAACAGACUGAGAAGCCACUCUCUUUAUGUUAACCACACCACUGCUGGAACCUCACUCUGUGAAGACUGUGUGUUGACCGGCCGUGCACCAACCUCCACACAUUUAAAAAAAUCACGCACAGGUGUCUUCCAAGAAAAAUAAAAAACAAACCAAAAAAGUCCCAUGACGAUCAACGAGUGGCGACAGGGGCAGGACUGUGAAAUCUGGACGCCCCUAGUCACAGACUGGCACAUGGGCGGUGGAUAUGGACUCAGUUGUUCUACCUCAAGGACCAAGGCAGUUGAGUAGUCUGGCAACUGUAUCCAUGGCUGAGCAGCCCUUUUUAUGAUCCGUUCUGCUCACCCCACACGGGGAAGGGGCUAGAAAAGGUGCCCUAAACAUAGUCUGCCUCUCUUACCCUGACUGGACUGCCACGUCCAGAGGGGUCACCAUUCUGCGGCCAAAAAAGAGAAAUGAACUUUGGAACAUGGAACGUACGGACACUGUUGGAUAACACUGACAGCAAAUGCCCCGAACACAGGACUGCUAUCAUUGCAAGGGAUUUGGGAUGCUUUAAGAUCGACAUAGCAGCCCUUCAGGAGACCUGGAGAGCAGGAGAGGGACAGCUGAAGGAAGAAAAAGGAGGCUACACCUUCUUCUGGAAGGGACUGCCUGAAGAAGAGCAAAGAAUACAUGGAGUUGGCUUUGCUAUCAGAAAUGACCUGGUGAAGCACCUGACUGAAGCACCCACUGGCAUCAAUGAACGACUCUCAACCCUCCGAAUUAACCUUGCCAAAAACCAACAGGCAACCAUCAUAUGUGCCUAUGCACCAACUCUAGAUGCUGACAAAGACAUCAAGGAAAAUUUUUAUUGUCAGCUGGACACCAUCCUAUCGGAGAUACCUAAGAAGGACAAAAUCAUCCUCCUGCAAGACUUUAAUGCCAGAGUCGGACGGGACUCUGACCUGUGGCCAGGGAUCAUAGGAAAAGACGGGGUCGGAAACAGCAACUCGAAUGGCAUCUUGCUUCUCACCAAAUGCGGAGAGCACAACCUUGUCAUCACCAACACGCUCUUCCACCAGAAAAAACAAGCUCAAGACAUCAUGGAAGCACCUCCGGUCAAAGCAUUGGCACCUUUUGGACUAUGUAAUUACACAUGCCAGAGACCACCACAAUGUGCUUCUCACAAGAGCCAUGACAGGUGCUGAUGACUGCUGGACAGAUCACAGGUUAAUCUGAUCCACGAUGGCUAUCAAGAUCGUCCCCAAACGUAGACUCCAAGGAAGAAAAACAUGGCGCAAAAUGAACACUCAAGCCCUUCAGGAGCCCUCCAAACAAGCCCUUCUCCAAACAACACUCAAGGAUCAUCUACCCACAGAACACCCCAAAAAUGUUGAGGAACAUUGGAACAAACUGAAGACCUCCAUCAUCACAGCCUGCGAAGAAACCAUUGGAUACAAAACUAAGAAACAUCAAGACUGGUUUGACAAUAACGACAAAGAGAUCCAACAGCUAAUUGAUAACAAAAGGAAAGCCUUCCAAACAUGGCAGAGAGACACCAACUGUGCUGCCAAGAAAAAGAUCUAUGCCAGUGCAAAAGCUGAGGUCCAAAGAAGGACCAGAGAACUCAAGAACAUCUGGUGGACAAAGAAGGCUGAAGAAAUCCAACACUUUGCAGACACCCAUGAUGCUCAGGGAUUUUUCAAAGCCACAAAGAUCAUUUAUGGACCAUGAAACCAUGGCAUACAGCCUCUACGCUCAUCAGAUGGAACCAAAAUUCUGAAGGACAAAACAUCAAUUGCACUACGUUGGAAAGAGCACUACCAGAACCUGCUGAAUCGCAGCUCCAAUGUGGCCAAAGAGACCCUCUCACAAAUCCCACAACAACAAACCAGGGAUGAGGUUGCAGCACUGCCUAGUAUGGAAGAAGUUAGCAAUGCCAUCAGCCAACAAAAAAACAACAAAGCCAGCGGACCUGAUGGGAUCCCUGCUGAAAUCUUCAAAACGGGUGGACCUGAGCUGAUACAACAAUUCCACCAGCUCAUUGAAAAGGUGUGGGUGAUCGAGAAAAUCCCAGCAGACUUCAAGGAUGCCACCAUCAUCAACCUUUUCAAGAAAGGGGAUAGAACAGACUGCGGGAACUAUCGCGGUAUCUCCCUUCUAACCUCCGCUGGGAAAAUCCUCGCAAGAAUCCUUGCAAACCGCCUUCUCCCUGUCUCAGAAGACACCCUCCCAGAAUCCCAGAAUGGCUUCCGCCCCUCCAGAGGAACAGUGGACAUGAUCUUCACUGCACGACAGCUCCAAGAAAAAUGCAGGGAACAAAACCAACCUCUGUACAUGGCAUUCAUUGACCUUGCAAAGGCAUUCGACACAGUGAAUUGCAGCACUCUCUGGACCAUCCUCCAAAAAAUCGGGUGCCCUGACAAAUUUGUGAACAUCCUGCAGCUCCUCCAAGACCUACAAGCCACUCUAAACACCUUCGCAGAAGCAUACGAGAAGCUCGGCCUCUCAUUGAACAUCGAGAAAACCAAAGUGCUCUUCCAACAGGCACCAGCUAAUCCCUCUGCAAUGCCAGGAAUACAGCAUAAUGGUGUAACAUUAGAAAAUGUUGACUAUUUCCGCUACCUUGGCAGCCACCUCUCCACAAAAGUCAACAUCGACACUGAAAUACAACACCGCCUGAGCUCUGCGAGCACAGCAUUUUUCAGAAUGAAGCAGAGAGUGUUUGACAAUCGGGACAUCUGUAGAGAUACCAAGGUGCUUCUUUAUAAAGCCAUUGUCCUCCCAACCCUGCUCUACGCCUGCAAAACCUGGACGGUCUACAGACAUCACACCAAACUCCUGGAGCAUUUCCAUCAGCGUUGCCUCAGAAAAAUCCUGCAAAUCUCUUGGGAAGACAGGUGGACAAAUGUCAGCAUGCUGGAAGAAGCAAAGACCACCAGCAUUGAAGCGAUGCUCCUAUCCCAUCAACUCCGCUGGACUAGCCAUGUUGUCUGAAUGCCUGAUCACCAUCUCCCAAAGCAGCUACUCUACUCCAAACUCAAGAAUGGGAAACGUAAUGUUGGUGGGCAGGAAAAGAGAUUUAAAGUUGGGCUUAAAGCCAACCUUAAAAACUGUGGCAUAGACACUGAGAACUGGGAAGCCCGGGCCCUUGAGCGCUCUAAUUGGAGGUCAGCUGUGACCAGCAGUGCUGCGGAGUUCGAAGAGGCACGAAUUAUUUAUUUAUUAUUUAUUUACAGUAUUUAUAUUCCGCCCUUCUCACCCCGAAGGGGACUCAGGGCGAAUCACAGUACACGUAUAAGGCAAACAUUCAAUGCCUUAACAUAGAACAAAGACAGAGACAUACGCAGCUCCGAGCUGGCCUCGAACUCAUGACCUCUUGGUCAGAGUGAUUUGUUGCAGCUGGCUGCAGCUGACUGCUCAUCAGCCUGCGCCACAGCCCGAAUGGAGGGCUUAAGGGAGAAACGUGCCAAGAGGAAGGAGAGUCAAGUCAACCCUGACCGGGACCGCCUUCCACCUGGAAACCAAUGUCCUCACUGCGGGAGAACAUGCACAUCAAGAAUAGGUCUCUUCAGCCAUCUACGGACACACCCCGAAGACCCUAUAACUGGAGGGCCAUCAUCCUCGGCCUACGAGGGAUCGCCUAAGUAAGUAAGUCUAUUUGGAACAAGUAUAUGGUUUAAGAUAUUUUCUUGCUUUUAUAUGAAAAUAAUGCCAUGGGAUUUUCCACUCGGGUGUUAGUUUCAAGUUUACGUUUAAUUAAAUUAAUAUGCAAACUAAGCAGCAUAGGCUUACAUAUAUUUACCUAGAACAGGUUCUCAACCUGGAGUCCCCAGAUGUUUUUGGCCUUCAACUCCCAGAAAUCCUAACAGCUGGUAAACUGGCAGGGAUUUCUGGGAGUUGUAGGCCAAAAAUAUCUGGGGACCCUAGGUUGAGAAACACUGACCUAGAAGUAGGUCUCAGUUACUUAAAUAGAGCUCAAGUAUAGACUUGCCAUUCAAGUCUUAUUGGUUUUAGUGUAAGAUGCAGGUCACUUGGGUGCUGAUCUUUUAAUAAUAGGCCUACCUGCAAUAUGCCCAUUCAGUUAGAUGAAAGCCAGUUUUCCCAAGAAAUGUAAGUGUAAAGGGCAGCCUGAAAUGGAAGGAAGAAGCCUAGAAAACCAUGUGGUACCAUUUGAGAUGUCAACAUUUUUGAGGUUAAAUUUCUAUAUAUGUAGAAUAACAAUGAACAACUCCACUCUAGAAGUGACUGGUGGCAUGAUAUUUUGCAUGAUGUUAGCAUUACUUAAGUUCUGAUUUAGCUCAGAAGAAUUAAAACAGCUAUUAACCCAGUUUUACAAAAUCUAACCAGUACUCAAGUAUGUAACUGCAUAUCAUUGAAGAGUUUUCAAUAGGGAAAGACUGGAACAGUUUUUGUCAGAACUUUUAGGAAGUUCCUUUUUUGUAUUACAACUCCCAGAAUUGCCCCAGUCAUGUAGUACAAAAAAGCUUUGAUCAGUGCCAUUGUACUUAGAAAUACAUUUCCAAUACUUCUGUUUGGUUAUGGCUGCAUGGAACAUGUGUGCCAAGUAUACCUAAGUAGUUGGGAUGCCUGCUUUUCUUCAUAGUUCUGUUUUUAUCCCAAUAACAAAUCCAGUGUUUCUUAUCAUUUUGUGAAUGAAUGCAUGGCAAUAUGAAAAUUCUGUUGCUGAUCAUAAUAUAAGCCAGGGGUCCCCAAACUUUUUAAACAGUGGGCCAGUUCACGAUCCCUCAGACCGUUGGAAGCCCGGACUAUAGUUGAAAAAAAACCCCCUAUAAACAAAUUCCUAAGCACACUGCACAUCUCUUAUUUUGAAGUAAAAAAAAAAACAAUUGGGAAGAAAUACAGCCUCAAUGUUAAUCAUAAUCAUAAUCAUAAUCAUAAAGAGGGUUGGAAGAGACACCUUGGGCCAUCUUGUCCAACCCCCUUCUACCUUUGUGCACCAAAAGCACAAGCAAAGCACCCCUGACAGAUGGCCACCCAGCCUCAAUGUUGUUCAUCAUCAUCAUCAUCAUCAUCAUCAUCAUACAUCACACAGUCCUAAACACCGGGGAAGUGUUCAACUUGUGAUUUUGUGAUACGAAAUUCAGCAUACAUAUAUAUAUAUCUCAUUUGCUGUUUUAUACUGUGUCUUUGUGCCAAUAAUAAUAAUAAUAAUAAUAAUAAUAAUAAUAAUAAUAAUAAUAAUAAUAAAGAGGUUUGGAAGAGACCCCUUGGGCCAUUUAGUCCAACCCCCUUUUGUCUUUGUGCACCAAAAGCACUGGCGAAGCACCCCUUAGUAAAUUAUUAAUUAAAUAAUAAUUAAAAUACCAUUAUAAACAAGCAAAGCUUUAGAAGGUGCGCAACAGGUGAGGGAGGAGGUGGGAAAGGCGGAGGAGGAGGGAGCCGCUGUUGCGGGGGCCGGAUAAAUGGCUUCGAUGGGCCACAUGUGGCCCCCGGGCCUUAGUUUGGGGACCCCUGAUAUAAGCAAUAGUUGCUUAGAUAGCCAGUAGUUUCCUAUGUGAAACAUAUGUUUAUUACGUACAGGCUCUAAGAAAGUGUGCAUGACAUGUGCAGUCAGGGCCUGGAGAAAUUUAACUAUAGAUUCCAGAAUCCCUGGCUGCAGGAUUCUGAGAGAUGUCAACCAAAACAUCAGUAUUCCAAAAUCUGUGCUAAACAAUCAGAUCAUUGUCUUUAUCUUUAAAAGAUAUAAGGACCUUUAGUAUUUCCAAAGCUAUAUGCACCAUACUCUCAUUCCAGUUUAACUGCCAGGAGUCCAUACACAGUCCUGGAAUUUGUCCUUUGGUGAGAUGUCUUGAAGUUUUUUUUAAUAGGUUUUAGAUCUUUCAAUCAGAAAAUUCUAAGUGUCUUGUAAAACUACAAAUCCCUGAAUUCCAUUGCAUGCAGCCAUGAUAAUACAAAUACAGCUUUAAUGUCCCACACAGUAGAAUAACAUCACUGUUCUAUCAGUGGACCUUGUGCUGGUCUUGGGACUUUGACACAUGCUUUACCGCUCCAUUUACAGGUAGCAAUUAGCCCUUUUGCUAUCCUCUGCAGUACUCUGGGAUUCAUUUUGGUAGGAUUGUGUGUGUUUCUGCCCUUCACCACUCCACUCCAAACCAGGCACAGUAGAUUCUGAAUGCAUCAGCUAUUUAAUACUAGAGCAAUCAAGACAUUUUCAAAAUCUGUUGAUGACAGUGUUGGCAGUUCCAACCCUCUUUUAGUACAUUGAUGUUUAUCUGGUUUCCUUUGGUGCUAAGCACUUUAAUCAAGGCUUUGCUUUUGAUGUUCAGCACUACAUUAAUUGAUUAAUGCAUUACUUUGGUUAAUCCUGCUGAUUCACACUAAUUCAUCUAUUAAUAUUCUCAGUCCCAGUAACUCUUCACCCUUAAAUGCAAAAUCAGCUCUUUAUGUUUUUUACUAUAGCCAGGGUGGCUGUCCUUUCAAAUUUUCCCAAAGAAUUGACAUCGUAACAGCUGUGUGAAAGGCAGAAGUACAGUAACUGGAAGUUUCUCAUUGUUGUGUCUUCAUGUCAAAAAAAUCUGUAUCUUUUGAAUUUGUGAUUCACUUAAAUCUCUUAAAGGCAUGAAAACCUUAUCCAAGUAGCAACACUAGCUCUGAUGUACAAUAUUUAUGCUUAAUGUGCUUAAUGUGGGGAAAUAAUGUUGGGGUAUUCUGAGCUUAUCUAAGCCACAAAAAAGAGAGUGAGCUGCAAAUGCAUCUACAUGGAAUAUUUUCAGUUUGCAAGCAAUCCUGCAGGUAGGAGGUAGAAUAUUCUCUGUAACGCCCCCCACCCCCCCGAGACAGCUGUUAAUUGUCAAGUUGACACCAAUUUUUAAUUCUCAACAAGUCAGAUUGUAAAUAAGAAACAUGAGACACUGGAUCAUCAACAUCUCUGCUGAGGUCCUGUAAAUCUGAACUGGGGCUUCUUUUAUUGAUUGAGGCUAUCUAUUUGUCUAAAAUUUAAUGUUCUUAUUAUAUGCCCUGUUCUACUUUGGACUUUUUUUUCUGAAUGUUCUUUUUACUUGAUCCCAGUUGUGUCACUUGACACAAGGGCUACUUGUACGUGUGAUCUUCUCUUCCUCAGCUGUUGAGUGUCUAUUGACAUGGAAGUCUCAACUUCUAGCUCUGUCUCCUGUUUCAUUUUGAAUUGUUUCAUAUUGUAGGACUUUCAAGAUAAAAUACUUUUAGGAGUGUUUUACCCAUGCCUCCUUCUGUGCAGUUCUAACAGAGUUAGCUAAAAUGAGAUAGAUUUACCUUUGAUAGGUCAUCUGCCAGUGUCACCUCCCACUACUGUCACUGUCCAGUACCUGUUUGAGAUGUUAACUCUAGCUCAUUUUCCCAGUGAAAGUAAUACUUCCAGUGCACAGUGUGGAUAUUUUCUCUACUUUUAGCUUGUUUUCCACCCAUUCAUAUAUCCAAAUUUUGUGGGGCAUUUCUGUGUUCCUCAUAAAAGCUUCCAUGAAAUGUGCUUGCUUUAAACUCUGAUGUAGAGAUUCUAGAUGACCUUUUUGGAGAUGAUAGAGGAACACAAUAUAAGUAGGAAUUAUAUCAAUGAAAUGAUACCUAUAUAAGAACCUUUACCAGAGAUUGAAAAAAGAUUCCACAUUCAGGUUUCAGCUCUUAGAAUGAUACAGAACAGCAUAACUGCUGACAAAAGAUUUAAUGCAACUGCAAACAUAGACAUACUACCUUACAUUUCAGCAUACUGCAUCUCUGCAAAUGAUACAUAGUUAUCCACUCAGAAAAAAGUUGCACAUCUGUUUGAAUCAAACCUCAUUAAGGAAAAACUGGUUUUGAAGGCUUCUGUAGAUGAAUGUUAAAUGUGCUAUUCAAAAUCUGAAGUUUUGCUUAUCUCUGAAGCCAAAAUCAAAGAGCAAAUUCCUUCCUUCUAGAGUAUAAAUAGGUGGAGUUUUAUCUUUUAUAUGGCUGGAUGUGUUGAUAAUCUGUACUUAAAAGUAGUUCAUUUGAUCUAGAUUCUGUUAGCUAAGCUUAGGUCCCAUUUAAAAUAAUAGAAAAACUAGUGAAGUUCAAUUUAUUUCUAUUGAUAACAUAGACCACAGUCUUACAUACUCUUAAUCAGAAUUUUGUGGAGUUUGUUUCUGAAUAGACAAAUGCAUAAUUUCACUGUAAAGUUAGAUGAAACCCAGUAUCUGUGAAGACUUCAAGCUUUGUUUUUUAUGUGUGUUGUAAUUAGAAUAUUGUACAAUCCCUGUAUCCACAGGGAUACAUUCCAAGUGAAUAGCUAUUAGUGAAACCAUUAAUAUUGAAUCCAUGGAUAAGGGGUCAUACUAUACAUCAUAAAAUAAGGUAAUAGUUUUCCCCUGACAUUAAGUCUAGUCGUGUCUAACUCUGGGGGUUGGUGCUCAUCUCCAUUUCUAAGCCGAAGAGCCAGCAUUGUCCAAUGACAUCUCUAAGGUCAUGUGGCUGGCAUGACUACAUGGAGUGCUGUUACCUUUCCACUGAAGUGGUGCCUAUUGAUCUACUCACACUUGCAUUUUUUCAAACUGCUAGGUUGUCAGAAGCUGGGGCUAACAGCAGGAGCUUACCCUGCUCCCCGGAUUCAAACCACUGACCUUUCAGUCAGCAAGUUCAACAGCUCAGUGGUUUAACCUGCUCCGCCACCGGAGGCUCCACUAUACAUAAUACAAAAUGCAAAUUUGCUGUAUAUUAAACAUUUCUGGGCUUUGCUGAAAUGUCAGUAACAUGUACUUCAUUUUGUCUA